AGGCGCGCCGCGGGCGGUCGGUCGCGACAGGACAAGAUGGCGGCUUCCUCGGUGUGCCGGGCCGGUGGUGCGGCCGCGCGGGCCCUGCUGCGGGGUGCGCGUCCCCCCGCAGCUGCGCUGACUCUGACAAGGAACCGAGGCGCGGCCACGUACGCUCAGACACUCCAGAACGUCCCCGAGACCCAGGUCACCACUCUGGAAAACGGCCUCCGGGUGGCUUCGGAGGAGUCCAGCCAGCCAACGUGCACGGUGGGUGUAUGGAUCGGGGUGGGCAGCCGCUAUGAGAACGAGAAGAACAAUGGGGCUGGUUUCUUUGUGGAGCAUCUGGCCUUUAAGGGCACAAAGAAUCGUCCUGGUGCUGCCUUUGAGAAGGAGGUGGAGAGCAUGGGCGCUCACCUGAAUGGGUACACCUCCCGUGAGCAGACUGCUUAUUACAUAAAGGCCUUGGCCAAGGACAUGCCCAAAGCUGUCGAGCUUCUGGCUGACAUCGUGCAGAACUGUGCCCUGGAGGACUCUCAGGUCGAGAAGGAACGUGGUGUCAUCCUUCAGGAGCUGAAAGAAAUAGACAGCAACAUGGAAGCUGUUACUUUAGAUUACCUGCACGCCACUGCUUUCCAGGGCACGCCGCUGGCGCACACUGUCGAGGGGACCACAGACAACAUCAAGCAUCUGACUCGAGCAGAUCUAGCUUCAUAUGUUGAUAAUAACUUCAAGGCACCUCGUAUGGUCCUGGCAGCUGCUGGAGGUAUUUCCCACAAAGAGCUGGUAGAUGCAGCUAAGCAGCACUUCAGUGGGGUGCCUUUUAAGUACAAAGAGGAUUCUGUGCCUGUCCUCCCGCACUGCCGCUUCACAGGGAGUGAGAUCCGUGCCAGAGAUGAUGGUCUGCCCGUUGCCCACAUUGCUCUUGCUGUGGAGGGGCCAGGAUGGGCUAAUCCAGACAAUGUUGUCCUCAAUGUGGCCAAUGCUAUCAUGGGAUGCUAUGACCGCACUUUUGGAGGUGGUAAGAAUCAGUCCAGCAGGCUGGCUGCGCUUGCUGUGGAGCACAAUCUGUGCCACAGUUUCCAGACGUUCAACACCUCUUACUCUGACACUGGCCUCUUCGGUUUCCAUUUUGUUUCGGAUCCCCUGUCCGUGGAUGACAUGAUGUUUUGUGCUCAGGGGGAGUGGAUGCGCCUGUGCACUAGUACCACGGACUCAGAGGUGGAAAGAGCCAAGAACUAUCUCCGGAAUGCCAUGGUGGCUCAACUGGAUGGGACUACACCAGUGUGUGAGAAUAUUGGAAGCCAUCUCUUAAACUAUGGACGCCGCAUCCCUCUGGAGGAGUGGGAUGCCAGGAUUGCUGCCGUUGAUGCAAGUAUGGUGAGAGAGGUCUGCAGUAAAUACAUCUAUGACAAAUGCCCGGCCAUUGCAGCAGUUGGUCCCAUCGAACAGCUCUUGGAUUACAACCGCAUCCGCAGUGGCAUGUACUGGGUCCGUUUCUAGGAUGUGUCCCUGCAGUGGGAAUAGUGAAGCUGUGCACUGUGUCAGGUUCCCUCUGGCUCUGAAUGUCUUCUGCACCCAGGGGCAAGAUGAGUCCCAUCAACUGCCUGUCUUCUCGGUGUUAAAUGUAUAAAAUAAACAUAUCCUGUAUGGAGCUGGUUCUGCUGGA